UUCCAAUACUUGUUCAUUUAUAUAUUUUUUCAAUUCAACGUUUCGUCACUCCUAACCAAUACUUGAUACAUAUAUUUGCUUUUCUAAUCAGAAAAAAGACUGUGUUGUUUUCUAAUUCCAGACUGUUCAAAGAUCGACCUUCGAUUUUCGAAAUAAAAAGAAAAAUCUGCAAUGACUUCUGUAAGAGUACUGGGCCGCAUUCAAAAUGUGCUGAUUGCCGGUGUACGGGGCAAAUGUGAUUAUACAAAAACCCGUAAGAAUCUUCAACUGACCGCCGACUCCAAAGUUAUUUGUCAAGGGUUCACUGGCAAACAGGGUACCUUCCACAGUCAGCAAGCUCUUGACUAUGGUACCAAGCUGGUCGGUGGAGUUUCACCAAAGAAAGGAGGCACCACACAUUUAAAUCAACCUGUUUUCGCAACUGUCGCUGAAGCCAAGAAGGCAACUGACUGCCAUGCUUCGGUCAUCUAUGUUCCCCCACCUGGUGCAGCCAAGGCAAUCAUGGAAGCUCUUGAAGCUGAAAUUCCACUUAUUGUCUGUAUCACCGAGGGUGUGCCACAGCACGACAUGGUUCGUGUUAAGCACGCGCUUUUGGCUCAAGAGAAAUCCCGUUUGGUAGGACCAAACUGCCCUGGAAUCAUCGCUCCAGAGAGGUGCAAGAUCGGAAUCAUGCCUGGUCACAUCCACAAACGCGGCAAAAUUGGUGUUGUCUCUAGGUCUGGUACUUUGACAUACGAAGCCGUUAACCAAACAACUCAGGUUGGUCUUGGUCAAACUUUGUGCGUGGGCAUUGGUGGUGAUCCAUUCAAUGGAACUGAUUUCAUUGAUUGCUUAGAAGUGUUCCUUAAGGAUCCCGAUACCAAGGGAAUUAUUCUUAUUGGUGAAAUUGGUGGUGUUGCUGAAGAGAAAGCUGCUGAAUAUCUCAUCGAACACAAUUGUGGUGUUAAAGCUAAACCAGUUGUAUCAUUCAUUGCUGGUCUAACAGCACCACCCGGUCGUAGAAUGGGUCAUGCUGGUGCCAUUAUUUCUGGUGGAAAGGGUGGAGCUGGCGAUAAGAUUGCAGCUUUGGAGAAGGCUGGUGUCAUUGUAACUAGGAGUCCCGCUCAAAUGGGCAAGGAACUUUUCAAAGAAAUGAAACGUUUGGAAUUGGCUUGAAAUACUAUGUAAAUUUUCCUUUUGCCACUCUCUUACAUUUUUCUUCAAUAAAUGUAAAACAUUUCAUUGGUAUAUUAUUAUAAAUAUGUCCCAACCUCUAUCCAAAUAUUAAUAUUCAACUUUUUCAUGAUAUUUAAAUUAUAAACAAGAAAAAAUACCUUCGCUCUA